AUGAGACUGUCCCUCCCUUUCGUUGCGCUUUGCGCAAUCCCUGCUGCCGUCGGUAUGGCCAUUCCCGGCGGCUCCAAGGAUGUCGAGAGCAGCGACUACAACAAACACCAUGAACAAAAACAUCAUGGAGAGCAUCAUCAUGAUGUUCAUAAAGACCAUGAGCACCACAAGCAUAAGCAUGACCAUCUUCAUCCCUAUGAGCAUAUUCAUCAUGUUCACCACAAGCAUCCCAUCAAGCCUUGCCAUAUCCUCACCAAGGAAAGGGUUUGUAAGGACUUCCAUCAUCUCACCAAGGAGGUUGAGAAGGUGAUCCAUGUUGUCAAGUCUAAGGACUGCGGCAAUGAUGAGGGCUGCUGGAAGGGUGUGGUCUACCACAUCUACAAGCUUGAGCAUCACCUUGAUGUCUACGACAAGGAGAUCGACUACACUACACUUCAGAAGUGUUUCGGCUGCGAUAAGGAGCAUUAUGUUGUUGACUGUUACCUUGAGUAUGCCAACGCCCUGAUCCGUCUUCUCAAGGUGCUCAAGCAUAAGAGCAAGUAUCUCGAGGGUGAAGUCGAUCGCCCUGUCCUCACUUCGAUCAACAGUCUCCGAUCUGCCAACUAUGCUCUGACCUAUGAGAUUGGCCGUCGCAUCAAGGGCAAGAAGGCGCUCAAGACCAUCAUGGAGAAGCAGGGCGCCAACGAUGGCAGCACCAAGGGUAGCGUCAUGGAGGCCUUCAACAAGUUCACCUACACUCCUUUGAUCACCGGUAACGACUUUGAGAACAAGGGCUCCUACAACUCUUACGAGAACAAGUACGAGGAAGAGAAGAAGGACUACAAGCACCACGAUGAGUAUGACCACGAUGAGUAUAAGAAGGACGACUACAAGCAUGGUCAUGAGUACAAGCAUGACGAUGGCUACGAGCACAAGUCGUACGGAAAGGAUGAGUACAAGAAGGACGAUUACAAGCAUGAUGAUGGCUACAAGCACAAGCACGAUGAGUACAAGCGUGCUGAGCCUCAUUAUAACCAUCUUUCUGUGCGUGACUACAGAGAUCCUCGAUCCGCUCACAUGGACAAUUACUCACAGAAACCCAGUAACGACCAUUAUGUCAAAAGCCCCUAUGAUGCUUAUCACGACCCGGAGAGGGAGGAGGUGUAUAGGGGAAGAUACAAUGAGGAGAAGGAUGUGUAUAGGGGAAGAUAUGAUGAGGAGGAGAGGGAUGUGUCUAGAGGAAGAUAUGAUGAGGAGGAGAGGGAGGAUGUUUAUAGGGGAAGAUAUGAUGAUGAGGAGGAGGAGAGGGAGGUGUAUAUGGGAAGAUCUGAUGAGGAAGAGAUGGAAGCAAAGGAUAUUCGGGAGUCCCGACGAUAUAAGCAGCAUCACCUGCAGAAGUAUCGUACUCCUAGUUGGAAGCAGAAGGUACCAGGGACAAUGCAGAAGUGGUACUCGAACUCGCCUACGCGCAACUCUUAUAACAGCCCGACCUAUGAUCGCAACGAGCUUUAUUGGGGUUGA